GUUUAAAGAAGAAUAUUCAACAGAGAGAGAGAGCGAACGACGUGGUUGGCAUUUGAAAGCUGAAGUAAAAAUGGCGAAUCUGAGAUGCCAAAAACUCAGCGCUUCAUUCAACGAUAAAACGAACUCUUCGUUGAGAUCCCCAAAUCCUCUCUCUCUCUCGUUGGCUUUGGUCUUUGCAGUUAUCUCUUUAUUUUGUUGUCUCUGCCCCAUCCCCAUAGCAGGCAGGACAAGGCAUGGCGAUCCCAGCUGUACUUGCCGUUGUUCCUCUGGGCAUACUGUUCAUUCUCUCAGGCCUCAUUGUCAAUCUCAUCCAGGCAGUUUUUUUUAUCCUUGUUCGUCCGCUAUCAAAAAAUAUGUACAGAAGGAUCAACAAAAUAGUUGCAGAGCUACUGUGGUUGGAGCUUAUAUGGCUCAUUGAUUGGUGGGCUGGUGUCAAGGUUGAGGUGUACACAGAUUCAGAAACCUUUCAAUUAAUGGGUAAAGAACGUGCACUUCUCAUAUGCAAUCAUAGGAGCGACAUUGAUUGGCUUGUUGGUUGGGUUGUGGCUCAGCGCUCGGGUUGCCUUGGUAGUACACUAGCCAUCAUGAAGAAAGCAGCCAAAUGCCUCCCUGUCAUAGGUUGGUCAAUGUGGUUUUCUGAUUAUCUUUUUCUAGAAAGAAACUGGGCCAGGGAUGAAAGCACAUUGCAGUCAGGUUUUCAACAACUGGAGGAUUUUCCCUUGCCUUUCUGGCUGGCUCUUUUUGUUGAGGGAACACGCUUUACACAGGAAAAGCUAUUAGCAGCUCAGAAUUAUGCUGCUUCAAGAGGAUUGCAUAGUCCUAAAAAUGUUUUGAUUCCCCGCACUAAGGGUUUUGUUUCAGCAGUAAGUCAUAUGCGUUCAUUUGUUCCAGCAAUUUAUGAUUGUACAGUAGCCGUUCCUCGAAAUCGGGAUCCACCUACAAUGUUGAGGAUAUUUAGAGCGCAAUCUUCUGUGGUAAAGGUGCAAAUCAGGAGAUAUUCAAUGCAGGAAUUGCCGGAAACAGUUGAUGGCAUUGCACAAUGGUGUAAAGAUAUAUUCGUGACGAAGGAUGCUUUUCUGGAGAGAUACUUUUGUAAGGACUCAUUCAGUGACCUACAACAGCAAGACAUUGGUCGACCCAAAAAGUCUUUGUUUGUUGUAAUUUGUUGGAUAUGUCUCCUUGCCUACUGCAUCUUCAUAUUCUUUCAAUGGUCUUCUCUCCUAUCCUCAUGGAAAGGCAUUGCAUUUUCAGCAACCUUCUUGGUCCUUGUUAUAAUUGUUAUGCAGAUUCUAGUCCAAUCUUCUGAGUCGGAGCAUUCUACCCCUGUCAGUAUACCGCCACAAGACCCAACGGAGGAGUGGUUUCUUUAGAAAUAAUUCGAGAUUCAGCACUAGUUUGUAGCCAGUCCAUUUGUGAUCACAAAAAUUUUCUGAUUUCAUCAUGGAAUCACCCAGCUCACCUAUACCCUUAUUAAAUGGCUUGGAAAAUGUAGUAUAUGUUCAUAGGUUAUUAUUAUAUGGGCUUGGAGAAGGCAGCACAUGUGCAUAACUUGCAUUUGAGUUUGUUGGGGCCGGGAUCUCCUUAUAGAUUAAAACAAUAUUCCAGGCACAAAACCCUUCUUUUCAAAGCAUGUUCAUUUAUCAUUAUCAUUAAUUCUCAGUAACUAUACAGUAUUGAAU